AAUAAUGAUGAUGUAAUCGAUGACCAGUCAGUUUGUCUGGUGUAAUGCAUGCUUUCAUGUGUUAUGUAUGUGAGUGCAUUCAUGGGUACAUCACAAAUAUGUGGAUGUCCGUGUGUGUCCGUGUGCGUGUGUUUGUGUGUGAUGUCAGUCUGCCCACGGCGGUGCAGUAGAAUGGGUUGUCCUGAAUAUAAAUCAGGUGACUGAACAGGCGGGGGUUUCUUCCCAGACAAGCUCAGAAGAUUGUGUAAUGCCCACUCCUACAUUACUGGUUUGCAUGCUCACACACACAUACACACACACACACACACGCACAUACACACAACCCCUUCUCCACUUGGCGAACAACACAACAAGCACUGUAUUUACCAGUCUGCCCUCAGAUAGACCACCCGGUUGGAGCACAGACACUGAAGCUCAGGGGACUGGAGCUUUCUGAUAAUCUGGACAGGACCUUGACUUUCAGCAGAGGACUUCCGUCCUGUUGGAUUAGUUUGGCUUAGUUGGUAUGAUUUGAGCUUUGGUGGCAGCAUCUUGGAUUACAAGGUGAUAAAAUUUUGACUUUUCUCCUUUCAUAUUAACUCCUGUGCUGGAAUUAUACUCCACUGUGAAUGCUGAGGUUGGUAGGUGACCCCCAGAAAAGAGGAGGUGAAGUGGUGACCAUGUGGAUCCCGACACCCAGCAUGACUCUCCCUCAGCGGAUGGUGCUGUACGGGACAUGUGUUGUAGCGUUGAUGAACUCUGUGGGCCUUCUCGUGCUCCUGGUCCAGCAGAAUCAGCAACGUGCCUGGCUGGAGCAGAUGGAGAUGAGGCUAACAGAGGUGGAGCAGAGCUCGGUGGUGGAGUUCCUCCAGGAGGUGCCCAGGCAAGCAGCAGGGAUGCGAGCGAACGCGGGGGAACAUCCUCAAUACCAGUACCAAUACCAGUACUCUAGGAACAAGAGGAGUGAAGAGCUGGAGAAGGAACUACAGCAGCAGGAGCUACUGCAGGAGCUUCACCAGGAGGAGGGACAGGAGCUCUAUCAGCAGGAGGCCAGCCAGGAGGUGGGAGAGGAGACAGAGAAGAAGAUGAAGCACGAGCUGAAGCACAAGCACCGACACAGCCAGAGUUACCACAAAGCACAUGUGCAGGACGACAUGAUGAUGAUGAUGACUUACUCCAUGGUCCCGAUCAAAUUGUUGAUUGACAUUUGCAACAGCACCAAGGGAGUCUGCAUAGCCGGACCUCCAGGACCGCCUGGUUUGCCCGGUGCUGACGGUAUGCCCGGCCACAAUGGGACUGAUGGCAUCCCAGGACUGAAUGGACUGCCCGGGGCCGACGGGAAGAGAGGAAAAAAAGGGCCGCCAGGUGAGAAAGGAGAACCUGGUGAAAAAGGAGAACAAGGAGAGCCUGGUCCGCCCGGGGAGAAGGGACAACCAUCCAAUGACGUCAUUAUCGAGGGUCCUCCUGGUCCUCCUGGUCCUCCAGGACCUCCUGGGCCCAUAGGCCCUCCUGGCCCUCAAGGGCCUCCCAGAACGAGGCAUCACAGAGCCAACCUUCAGGCUGCUCAGACCCUGGACGAUGAAACUUCACCCAUGAGGGAGGUCGUGAAACAACACGAGAAGCCUGUGAAGAAUGAGUGCCUGAUUAAGUCUCUGAUCAACCCCAGGGAUGUGACAAAGAUGGAGAGCACAUUUGGCACAUGGAUGAAAGACACUGCUCUGCUGAAUGAUGAGCGAAUAUGGGUGGCAGAACACUUCUCUGGUCGUGUGGUGAAGGAGUAUAAAAACAUCGCCUCCUUCCAGAACAACAGCAGUGACACUGUGGAUGUUAGAAAGUUCUAUCAGGGCUGUGGCCACACUGUCCACAAUGGUUCCUUCUAUUAUCAUAUCGGUGGUACAUCCAGCAUUGCCAGAUUUGACUUUCACACCAAGAGGCUUCACACUCUCGCUAUAGACAAUGCUUUGCACCACAGCCUCGCCUACGUGCUCCACAACUCCAAGACCUAUUUCAAACUCGCAGCAGAUGAGAACGGCCUGUGGCUGAUCUUUGCCUCCAGCAUCGAUGAGAGCAUCAUGGUGGCCCACCUGGAUCAGAAGACCUUCUCUGUCACAUCCUACAUAAACACCACCUACCCCCGCACCAAAGCCGGCAACGCCUUUAUCGCCUGUGGAGUCCUGUAUGUCACAGACACCAAAGACACCAGAGUCACCUUCGCUUUCGACCUGUUGAAGGGGAAGCCGGUCAACGUGACCUUUGACCUGAGGUCUCCAGGUGGAGUGCUGGCAAUGCUAUCCUACAGCCCAAAGGACAGACACCUGUAUGUGUGGGACCACAGCUACGUCAGGCUCUAUGUGGUCCACUUCAUCUCUGAUGAGUAAAGAUGCAGAUGACGUGCAGACAUGUCGGCUGAACACCAACUAUUCACUGCAUCUCUGGAUACUAGUCAUAUUUAGGUUUUCAAGAGCGAUGUAUACAUCACAGCCUCAGCUUUAUCCCCCUGUCAGAUGUUGUAGUUGGUUGUUAAAAAUCAGUUUCACUCAAGGAAGUUGAUUUUUGGUCAAUAAUAAAUAAAUACUGCUGUAUUUAUAUCCUA